CAUGUGGGUGGCGAGGAAGCGAGUCAGUGAGCCGCAGCACAAGUGGUGGAGGGAGUGUGAAGGUGCUGCCCAGUCGAGCCCCGAAAGUCUGUGGGCUUAGAACUCAGAGGGACUUGCCAGCACCGGCACAAGCCCUCACCAUCCCCGCCAGCCAAGAAACUGGAUGAGCAGGAGGCAGCGGUAAACUACAUCGCCCUACUCUUUGCUAUUCCCUUAGCCGCCGUCAACAUGGUGAUGUGCAAAGUGGUUCCGGCGUGUAAGGAGGCUGAUCCUCCGAAGCCUUGUGAAGAUGUGGAUCCUCCUCCGCAGGAUUGCAAGACAUCGCACAUCUUGGUGGUGCUGUUCAUCAUGUUCCUGGCAGGGAUAGCCGGCGCUUGUGUGGUAGUUGGGGGCGUCCUUCUCUACAGCUGCUACACUAUUAUGCUCAUAGAUAUUUGGCUCAUAGUUCACGGUGUGAGUGCGUUGGGGGCUCUAGUGGGGCUGAUGGUGUGGAGCAGCAAGAUGUCCAACGGAAGUUUCGUCAACGGGCCUAAGAUCUUCGCUCUCCUCCUCAUCUUUCUCAAUUUCACAUGGUUAAUUCUAGGCAACGCGUUCAUCAUCGGCGCUUACUUGACGUGCGGCACCGUCACCUUCCUGGGCACCAUAUCCUGCAGCUCGAGCUUCUUGCACUUCACCCUCGUCAUCAUCAUCAUCUUCGACAUCGCCUACAUUACCUUCUUCGUGCUGCUGUGCAUCGCUUGCAGCAGCGACAACGGAGUGCAGGGCUGGACUCACCCUGCCCUGGGAGAGUCUGGCUGCUGUGCCCGCCCCUCCUGCUUCUCUUCCUUCUACUGCGUCGGUAAAACACCAAGCUGGCAGGAGUGGAUUAUCAUCAUUGCCCUGAUCUGCUACACCCUCCUGGCAGUGACCGCCAUUGCCCUGGGCUCCGCCUUUAUCAAUAUCUGUGAUCCUGAUCUGUGGGUUCCCUACUGGCUUAUCGUGCACGGUGCGGUGACGCUGGUGAUAUUCUGCUCUGUGCUGUGCUGUCUGGUAUACCCGGGGUGGGUGACGAUCUCUUGGGACCGCACCCAGUUCGCCGCCUUCCUGCCCGUGCUCAUUUUUGGGCUUUUCCAGCUGAUCUGGCUCACUUUCGGCAACGUGCGGGCCGCGGAAUACAGAAUCAACAGCUGUCCUGUGGGGGAUAUCUGCAACGAUGGCCUACACGUCUUCACCCUCGUGUUGAUUUUCUUACUGGACCUGCCGUUCCUCGUUAUCAUCUACGUCGGCAUCGUAUUGUUCAUCUUGAUGACUCUGCUGAUAAUUUUCAAGAGUUGCUACGAUUGUUGCCAUAAAGUUGACCAGGACACUGCUGAACCUGACGAAGAGAAGGCAGAACGCUCCAGCUCCAGCUCCAGCUCCACCUCCAGUGAUUCCAGCGACUCAGAAUAAUGAUCAGUUCUUCAAUCCUCUCAAAGUCUUGACCAGAAGCCCAUUCUGACCACUUUGGUAUUAGCAGUAGUAAUGGUGGUGGUGCUAGUUAGUAGUAAUAUUAGUAGUAGUAGUAGUAGUAGUAGUAGUAGUAGUAGUACAUCUACAGUCACUUCCGCUAUGUUUUUCGCUUUCCCUCAAACUUAAGUCCUCUGAUCUGCUGACAGUAUGUUCACAGAAGCUGGCUAUUAAUAAAACAGUCUUAACAUAUCAAAAGACAUACCACUGUGAGGUCACAAAACAAAAUGGAAAACUGUUAUAAUUGUAGGUGGCUACUUUUGAUCAAGACUGUACUUACUGCAUGAAAGGUGAUAACAUUUCGUUCUUCAGUCACUGCAGAACAGAGCGCUAAUCCACAAAAUGGCUGGAUGGAGCACUGUGCCUAUUACGGAUCGCACCUAUCCACGAAUUGUUAUUAAUUUUUAUCCCCUUUAGCGGCACCAGAAUUUUAUGUUAUAUACCAAGGGAGAGUGUAUGUUGUCAUUGUUAUUUUUUGUUAUUAUUAUCAAAAGUUUUCAAUUAGAAUUUUAUGAAACACUGACUGUAAAGACCAAGAAAGAAUUAUUUAUAUUUUGAGGCGGAUCCAAAUACUUAUGUAGAUCCAGAAAUUAUUAUUGAUUCUUUUUGUUUUUGUUUUGCUUCCUUUUCUUUUUUUCUUUUCUUUUUUUCUUUCCUUUCCUUUCCUUUCCUUUCCUUUCCUUUCCUUUCCUUUCCUUUCUUUAUUCACUUAUUUGUUUGUUUUGCUUAUUUAUUUAUUUAUCAGUCUAUUUAUUUACUUACUUAUUUAUUUAUUUAUUUAUUUUAUUUAUUUAUUAUUAUUAUUUAUUUUCUAUUUUUUAUGUAUUAAUCCCCACUAGAUUUCCCAUUAGUGUUCCUCCCUGAUUAGUAUCAAGGGGUGAGGGAGCCAUGUGCUCAUUGUAUGCCUUGAGUUAUCAGUAUUACUGCAUCUUUAUAUAUAGAUAGAAUUGCUGGUACUUACAUUCUUCUUCUUCUUCUCCUUCUUCUUCUUCUUCUUCUUCUGAUGUCGUUACUAUUAUUAUUAUUAUUGUCAGUAUUGUCAUUAUUAUUAUUAUUAUUGUUAUUAUUAUUAUUAUUAUUAUUAUUAUUAUUAUUAUUAUUAUUAUUAUUAUUAUUAUUAUUAUUAUUAUUAUUAUCAGCAUCAGCAUCAUCACAAUUCUUAAUCAGAUUUGUACAAACUUGAUUCGCUAAGGAUAAAUUAAAUAAUGGGAGAUGCUCAUCUCCCAAACUUACACGAGCGAGGCCUUCUCAUCAUGCUCUCUCUCUCUCUCUCUCUCUCUCUCUCUCUCUCUCUCUCUCUCUCUCUCUCUCUCUCUCUCUCUCUCUCUCUCUCU